AUGGACAAAGAUUGCGACAUGGUAUAUAAGAACAUCUCUGACAUAUAUAAAUCUGGGGAGUUUAAGACCUACGACAACUUUGUUUCGUUAGUUGCUGAAUGUGUAUGGCAGAUAAGAGAUAAAGAUAGAAGAGGCAAAGUAUGGAACAAACAAAUAAGACCCGCUAUGUUUGAGAUGAAGAGAGCAAUUGACGCUUUAGUUGUUUUAGCUGGUAAGGUUUCAGAAUAUAACGCAAAAAUGAACCCGCAAUGUUCUAAAUGUAAAGCAGCAAUGAGGAGAUAUAACUACUCCGUCAAAGAGAUAGAAAGAAUGAGAAACGACUAUGCAGAUUUAAAGAAAGAAGCAGAAAAACCAGCAGAAGAUAAAAUGGACAUGUUAGAAUUUCUGAACAAAAACUAUCCAACAGCAGAAGAUUUCCUUCUAUCUGACGUCAAGAAGAAAUAUAAAGAAACCUUCGGUAUUGUUAAAACUUUUGACAUACUGACAGAAGAAAUAGAAGCUACGAAAUUGUUCAGGAUUUCAAAUAUACAUCGUACAAUUCAUGUAAAACGCUUGUGA